UGUUUUGGCCGUGAGGCUGUAGUCGCGUUCGCCUACUGAGGGUGGAGACGUGCGAGCUGAGGCAGCCUGCAAGUCCAGUCGGACACCAUGACGGACAGCCGGGAUCCAGCCAGCGACCAGAUGAAGCUCUGGAAGGAGCAGCGGGCCUCGCAGAAACCUGAUGUCCUGACCACUGGAGCUGGUAACCCAGUAGGGGAUAAACUUAACAUUAUGACAGUAGGACCCCGGGGGCCCCUUCUUGUUCAGGAUGUGGUUUUUACUGAUGAAAUGGCUCACUUUGACCGAGAGAGAAUUCCCGAGAGAGUCGUGCAUGCUAAAGGAGCAGGGGCCUUUGGCUACUUCGAGGUCACUCACGACAUUACCAAAUACUCCAAGGCAAAGGUCUUUGAGCAUAUUGGAAAGAGGACUCCCAUAGCGGUGCGGUUCUCCACUGUUGCUGGAGAAUCGGGCUCAGCUGACACAGUUCGUGACCCUCGUGGGUUUGCAGUGAAAUUUUACACAGAAGAUGGUAACUGGGAUCUCGUUGGGAAUAACACACCCAUUUUCUUCAUCAGGGAUGCCAUAUUGUUCCCGUCCUUUAUCCAUAGCCAAAAGAGAAACCCUCAAACGCACUUGAAGGAUCCGGACAUGGUCUGGGACUUCUGGAGCUUGCGUCCUGAGUCUCUGCAUCAGGUUUCUUUCUUGUUCAGUGAUCGAGGGAUUCCUGAUGGCCAUCGGCACAUGAAUGGAUAUGGAUCGCAUACUUUCAAACUGGUUAAUGCGAAUGGAGAGGCAGUUUAUUGCAAAUUCCAUUAUAAGACUGACCAGGGCAUCAAAAACCUUUCUGUUGAAGAUGCCGCAAGACUUUCCCAGGAAGAUCCUGAUUAUGGCAUCCGGGAUCUCUUCAACGCCAUCGCCACUAGCAACUACCCCUCUUGGACUUUUUACAUGCAGGUCAUGACAUUUCAACAGGCCGAAACUUUUCCAUUUAAUCCAUUUGAUGUCACCAAGGUUUGGCCUCAUAAUGACUAUCCUCUUAUCCCAGUUGGUAAACUGGUCUUAAACCGGAACCCGGUCAAUUACUUUGCUGAAGUUGAACAGUUGGCCUUUGACCCAAGCAACAUGCCUCCUGGCAUUGAACCUAGCCCUGACAAGAUGCUUCAGGGCCGCCUUUUUGCCUAUCCUGACACUCACCGCCACCGCCUGGGACCGAACUAUCUUCAGAUACCUGUGAACUGUCCCUUCCGUGCUCGGGUGGCCAACUACCAGCGUGACGGCCCUAUGUGUUUUCUCGACAAUCAAGGCGGUGCUCCAAAUUACUACCCCAACAGCUUUAGUGCCCCAGAACAACAGCAUGCUGCCCUGGAGCACAGCACCCGAAGUUACGGGGACGUGCAGCUGCAGCGUUUCAACAGUGCCAACGAUGAUAACGUCACUCAGGUGCGAACGUUCUAUACCACUGUGCUGAAUGAAGAGCAGAGGAUCCGUCUAUGUGAGAACAUUGCUGGCCAUCUGAAAGACGCACAACUUUUCAUCCAGAAGAAAGCUGUCAAGAACUUCAGUGACGUCCAUCCUGACUAUGGGGCUCGGGUCCAGGCUCUCCUGGACAAAUACAACGCGGAGAAACCUAAGAACGCGAUUCACACCUAUAUGCAGCAUGGAUCUCACUUGGCUGCGAAGGAGAAGGCCAAUCUGUGAGGCUCGGGCCCCGGAGAAGCAAAGCCUACCGUGUACACGCACAACCCACUCAUCUCUGGAUAGAAGACUCUCCUGAGCUACUUGGCAAAUAUAAGCUAAUGUCUUUAAAGUUAUGAUCCAGGUUUCUAUAGCAAAUAAUCCACUAAUGGCUUUUAAUACUGUCUUCCUAGGGGACAAUGAAAGGGCUUUAACGAUCAUUUCAAAGAAACAUGUAUUUGCUUUUGACAGUUGGUUGGAUUAUUCAGUUAAAAGGAUGAGGAGGAAAUUUUCUAGCAGAAAUACGAUUUGGAAAGAAAACAUCUUGGUGAAAUGGGUAUGUUUAUGUAUUGCGUAUUACAUAAAAUCAUGACUGUAAUUAUACAAAAAGAAAAGAUAAAAUGAUCCACCCAGAAAUUUUAUUUUUCUAAGUUCCUUAUAAGAAAAACACAUUAAUGCAUCCUUUUCUUCUGAGAAUAACAUUAGCACCAUCAUGGCUUAAUGCCCUUUAUUCCUGCUUGGAAUUUAUCAGAUGCAUCAUUUCUUUCUCUUGGAAUUACAUUUAUGCUAAUGUAGCACUGAAUUGCAACAGACUGAUUUGUAAAUGCUUACAUUUUUACAAUAAAAUAACCCAUACUUAACAAUAGAAGAAAUGGUAUUUGAUUUCUUUCUGCUCCAUAUAUAACUUGGAAUGAGCCACUGUGGACAUUACCUGUUUUCAGAUGCUUACUCUUAAAAAUAAAGUACCAAUAUUGUGAGAA